GGGUCCGAUAAUUCCUCCUGCGCGUCGUCCGAUUCCUUCUCGGUAGAGAAGAGAGACGGGAGAGCCAAGUGUCUUCUCGAGGAAGUUGAUAGAGGAAGGGAGGAUGUCGUGGCAAACUUAUGUCGACGACCACCUGAUGUGCGAGAUUGACGGCCAGCGUCUCACCGCCGCCGCCAUUCUCGGCCAUGACGGUAGCGUCUGGGCCGUGAGCGCUUCCUUCCCCCAGUUCAAACCGGAGGAGAUCACUGCAAUCAUGACCGACUUUGUUGAUCCUGGAUCUCUUGCACCAACUGGAUUAUUUCUUGGUGGAACAAAGUACAUGGUCAUCCAAGGUGAACCGGGUGUUGUGAUUCGAGGGAAGAAGGGCAGUGGUGGGAUUACAGUCAAGAAAACGAAUCUGGCAUUGAUUAUUGGUAUAUAUGAUGAGCCCAUGACUGGUGGACAGUGCAACAUGGUUGUCGAGAGGCUUGGUGAUUAUCUUUGGGAUCAGGGGUUUUGAAUUUGGUAUUGGUGCCUUUAAACUUGUAUAUUUAUUUUGUUGGCAUUACCAGUAACUCGUGGAAUGGGGCUUGCAACCUCGAGUGCAAAUGAGUAAUUAAUCUGCUUGAUGUCAUGUUGGAAAUGUAUUGCAAGUGUUGUCGGUCUUUGUUUGUCA